GUAUAAAGUAGUAUCACAUGGAAAUACUCAAGUAAAGUACAAAUACCUCAACAUUGUACUUAAGUACAGUAUUUGCACUCCUGGCCAUCCUGGUUCGGGGAUCCUUUUGAAUUGUCCCCCUUAGAUUUCUUCCAUUUUUGUUUCUACCAAUGUUUUUCCUUAUCUCCAUGAUGGUUAAGUUCAGGGGGAUAAUGUAAUGUGGGCCUGUAAAUGAAAAAAAUGUUUUAGUGUGCAGUACCUUUAAUUAGACAGAGUAAAUGAGUAAUAUUAUGACACUUGUUCAUUUUACCUUAACAUUAGCUUUCAUACUGGAUAAAGGUAGCAUCUAACUGAUAGGCUGGCUUCUAUCAGCUAACGUUACUAACAUGGUACUAUAAUGUUAGCCUGUAUGUCGACCAAAGUUAACAGCUAACAUUGAUGUUUAUUCAUUUGCAGAUGCUUUUGUCCAAAGCGAUGUACAAAUGAGGUACACUCCAAACUACAGUCAAUCAAGGAGAAGCCGUUGUGAAUAACGGCCUCAACACUAGCAGAAAUGAUUUUUUUAUGACAGAGAUCCUGAGAAGGAUGGAGAUACAGAGAAAGAGCAUAUUAAGGACCAAACAGGAGAAGAGUUUGGAUUGAGAUUUCCUCCCUCGCAGUGACGGUAGGACUUGAUCGUAUGGAACAAAAAGGUGCAUUAAGCUGAAGGAGCUCAGGUAGGUGGGUGUUGUGCUAGUUGGAACUUAAGUGACUUGAACUUGCGAGCAGCAACAAGGAGCCAGUGGAGAAUCAUGAAAAGUGGAGUGACAUAAGCUGUUUUGAGCUAGUUGAAGACCAGACAUACUAACAUCACUGACAUUUUUCAUUUGACCUAAAUGUUUUCCUGUUGGUUUAAGUUAGCAGUGACCAUUGCUGAUAUUUUACAUUUGAGCUAAAUAGUGGUCUUAAUAUGGCUAAAGUAAGGGACUAUUUGCACAGAUAUUUUAUAUUGCAGCUGAAUGUUAGCCUUCAUAUGGCUAAAGUUAUUAGCUAAUUAGCAAGUAAUGUUGCAGAUAUUUAUCAGUUUAGUUGAAUGUUAGCCUGUAUGAUGGCUGAAGUUAGCAGCUAAUGUUGCAGAUAUUUUAAAGUUUAGCUGAAUGUUAGCCUUCAUGAUGGCUAAAGUUAGGAGCUAAUGUUACAGAUAUUUUCCAUUUUAGCUGAAUGUUAGUCUGUAUGUUGGCUGAUGAGAGAAAGUCUUGAGAAAUGGACUUCAGGAUAUCUGAUCUUGCACAACUGUCUUCACGCCUGCAGGCGUGGAGACAGUUGUGCAAGAUCAGAUAUCCUGAUAAAAAUCAACAACACAGGAGCAUCCUCUGUGAGAAACAUAGAUUCACAGACCAAAGUCAUACAUCACUUUAUUCCCUGCUCCAAUGUGAUAUGGAUGACACACAGCUGACUGGUGAGUUCUGUAUAUUUACUGUAUUAAAUGCUAAACUUACAUAGAGUUUUCUUUAUAUUGGAAUACAUUUAUACACAAUCCAUUAUUUACAUAUACUUAUAUUUAACCUACAUGAGUAAUGAUAAGUUAUUUUUUCUAAUGGGAAACCUUUUGUGCAACAUGCCAAAGUACAUAUGAUGAAAAGAUUUAUACAUUUGUAGUUUAUACAUACAUUUUCAAAUGCUUAUUUUCUCAGCAUUAGUUUAGUUGAUGUAGUAAAAUACUAUUUUCUUCCACUGUUUUCUAAUGUUGACUUUGGAAAAAUAGUAUAGAUUAGAUUUCGGCUGCUGUAUGACAUUUUCAUGUUUAUUUGUGAUAGAAUAUGUUUCUCUUAUAUGUUUACAGUUAUAUUUUCUUGGAAUUUGGAUUUUGAAAUCCAAAAUGUCCAAUUGUAGUGUGUUUUUAAAACUUUAAAAUAAAAAUACACCAUAUGUCAUUGUAACAAACAACUUUUAUUAAGACUUUACUGGUUUAGUUUGCCAUUUAAUAUUUUAUUAUUAUUUAUUAAAAUGCUCUUCAGACACUUUAGCAAUAUGCUCUUGUGUCACAACACUGACACAUAUUUUCCACAAAAUGUCUUUUUAUCUUAACUGUGGAAAAGUAGAACUGCUUCAUGUACAAAUGCAAAUGUUCUCUCUGUUUUUCUCUUUCACACAGAUUUCACACUAAAGAAAUAAAAAAGAGGUUGAAAAAGAGAAGAGGCAAAUUCAUAAAGUCAUACAGCUGUUUUUCUCAUACUUAUUCAGUCUUAUUUGUUUUUCCAAAAUUUUACACUAAAUUGAUUUGUCUAUUUUGGAUGGACUAAAGUUAAUAACACAAUUUUAAGAUUUAAUUUGUCAAAAUAAUAUCAGAGUAUAACGAAAACUUCAUCAUGACCAUUUUAAACUCCACAACUCCAAUCCCUGGUGGUGGAGGCAGCGGUGGCAGCGGCUGCCCACCAGUCAAUUUUAAACUGGAGGGUACAAUCAUGUUACCAGUCCUCACCGUCAUACUGGGGCUACUGGGAAACAUAGUUGCUCUGUGGAUAUUUUGCUUUAAACUGAAGGCCUGGAACCCCAACAACCUGUUCCUCUUCAACCUGGUUAUCGCCGACUUCCUGGUUCUCGCGAGUCUUCCUCUCAGGAUCGAUGACUUUCUCAGAGGCCACUGGGUGUUUGGUGAUGGCUUGUGCAGGAUUAGCCUCUUCCUGAUAUUUUCCAACCGCUCGGCCAGCAUUGCACUCAUGACUGUGGUGGCAAUUUACCGCUACUUUAAGGUGAUCCACCCUCACCACUGGUUCAGCCGUAUGACUAAAAGACAGGCUGUGUACAUGUUAGUGUUUGUCUGGUUGUUGGUCAUCAGUCCUCGGGUUCCCAUUCUGGCUAACAACUUCAUAGAGGUCUGCAGCAACAGCAGCCAGUGCUUAUUUUUCACUUGUUCUUCACUCCCCACCCUGGUCACCACGCACCGCAUCCUGGUGGCACUGGAGUUCAUCAUUCCACUGGCCAUGCUGCUGUUCUGCUCCAUCCGGAUUUCCAGCUUCCUGAGGGAGCGGCAGAUGGGAAAAGCUGACAAGGUGCGCAAGGCGAUGAGGGUGUGCAACGCCAUCGUCGCCAUGUUCAUAGUGUGCUUCUUACCAACCACGGUGACAACCAUCGGGGUGUGGGUCAUCCGCUCGUUUCACCCACGGGAUUGCGCCACACUCUACACUUUCAUCCAGCUCACCAUUGUGUCUUUGUGGCUGAACUUCCUGAAUUCGGCUCUGGACCCCAUCUUAUACAUCUUCUCCAGCUCCAUGUUCAAGAAGGCGCUCUGCAGCUCACUCCCCCAUUUCCUGCACUGCGGUCAGGACGCAGGCAACGCUGAGACGAUGACUGGAUUAUGCAGGACUAGUAUUUUGCACUGACUUGUCUGCUUGUUUUACAUGUUUUAUCAGCUUUUUUUAUGCUGUUGAAGCUUUGUUGUACAUCUGUGAACUUUGUAAACACAUUAGCUUUUCAGUUAUCAUCAUUUAUUAAAUCCAAACUCAGUUAUACUUGUAAAUAUACUUCAAACUUCUGUGAUUGAACAAAUUACAGAUGGGUGUUUUAAUUAUAUCAAUUUAUUGAACCUUUAAAACUUUGAAUUGCCUUCAAAAAAGUUGAAGCUAUAUGAUGUGACACCAGUUUUUAAUUUAUUUCUGCAGCAUUCCAUCAAAUGGAAAUAUUAUACUUUACAGAUGUUGCUCAUUUCAAUUGAUAUGUUUACCGCAGUAAAUCCACAGCGGCAGUGAAUGAGGGUGAAAUAAUAUAUCCAAGAGUUGCUGCAGUGUGCACCAACCACCACCAGGUGGCACAUGCAGUCUAGAUGCAGUCUGUCUGUCUCUCUGUAGGGUAGUCAAUACAAAAUGGCGACCAUGCUCGGCAAGCAGACGCAAUGGGGGAACAGAAAAAC